AUGCGUGAUAAUUCCAAUUACAAUCAUCGUAUUCAUAUUAGUAAUUUACAUUAUGAAGUUAAUAUUCAUCAAUUAAAACAUUAUUUUUCACGUUUUGGUAAAAUUGUCGAUUGUAAUAUCAUUACAAAAAAGUUCAAUCAAUUUCUUAUAAGUCCCUAUGCUUUCAUUACUUAUCAGAACGACAUAAUGGUCAACACUGUGAUGAAUACACGGCCACACAUAAUUGAAAAUCAUCGUUUACAUAUCAGACGGACACUACCCAUAAAUGCUGAUAAUCCACAAGAACAUAAUACUAGUGUUUACAAAUUAAUCGUUUACGGUACAGAUGAUGAACUUAUUUGGAAUUGUUUUGAACAAUACGGUAAUAUUUGUUCAUUGAAAAAAAUCCAUAAUAAUCUAAUAAUUGUUGAAUUUGAUGACUAUGAUCCAAUUGAUAUAAUUAUUCUAAGAAAACCACAUUAUUUAUAUGGUAGCAAUAGUGAAGUGAAAGUGGAAAAAUACAUUGAACGAUCGCGUUCAACUUAUUUUCGUUCAUUAGUCAAUGGAUAUCAGCAGUGCUUAUCACAAAAAGAUGGAAUGAACGGUUCAUCACAACAAUACGGCGAACAAGUCAAUGCUCCAAUGAAUAAUAGUUAUCAGAAUAAAUUGAAAACUGUUGAAACUCUUCAAAAAGAAGUGUCAGAAUUAAAACAACUACUAAUUUCAACACGUUUACAACAGGAUGUUGAAACGUCAAAUUUAGAAGAAAAAUAUAGCAAGGAAUUAUCAUUAUUAAAUCUGGAAUAUGAAAAAAUGUUAAAAAGCUGUAUUCGGUCACAACGACUUUACAUGGAUUUAAAACAAAACUUCGAAACCAUUGAAGAGAAAAAUGGACAGUUAAAAGGAUGGUGUGAAUCAACGGAUAAAGAAAAAUCAAUUAUGAAACAAACGUAUAAAAACGAUUUGAAACAACUGAAACAGCGAUAUUCUACAAUUUGGAAAAAAUACAAUGAUUUCAGAAAACAGAAGAUGGAGUGA